CGUAUGCCUGCACCUUGAGUUCUCAGGCUGGUUGCUAUUAGUUCCUAACCUUAGAAGGUGCUGUGAAGAUGGCAGAAAAGGCUGGAGACGUGUCUGCGGUGAAUUGCAAGGAAGGUGCACUGACCAGCAAACAUGGACACCAGUUGUUUUGUAAAUAUUGGAAAUCGAAGGCAAAUGACAAGCCAAAACAUUUGAUCUUUAUAAGCCAUGGAUUUGGGGAGCACUGCCAGCGUUACAAUGAUUUUGCCAUGACCUUAGUUCAAAACAAUAAUUUUGUUUUUUCACACGACCAUGUGGGACAUGGCAAAAGUGAAGGUGAUCGAGUGCACGUUACUAACUUCUCUAUUUACGUUGAUGAUGUUAUAAACCAUAUUGAGAUGGUGAAAAAGGAGCAUCCUGGAAUUCCAUGUUUCAUGUUCGGCCAUUCCAUGGGAGGGCUAAUAACUAUCCUGACCACACUCAGAGCACCUGAUCUGUUCAGUGGAAUAAUCCUGUCUGGACCAGGUAUCGUACCUAACAAGGAAGCUGCUACACCUUUCAAAAUUUUUCUAGCUAAAGUUACUGCAACUCUGUUACCUCAUUAUGAAAUUGCAACGAUUAGUUCUGAAGUUAUUUGCAGGAAUAAAAAUGUGGUAAAAAAUUAUGAAGAAGAUCCCUUGGUCUGGCACGGAGGAAUAAAAGCCAAAUGGUGUUGUUGCAUUAUGGCUGCCAUGGCAGAAAUUCGAAAGAGAUUUAAAGAAAUAAAAGUUCCAUAUUUGCUGUUGCACGGUUCGGCCGACCAAAUAUGCAGCAUUGAAGGGUCGGAGAUGAUGCAUGCAAAUACCAGCAGUGAGGACAAGACUUUCAAGAUAUAUGAAAGCUGCUAUCAUGAGGUCAUUUGGGAGAUUGAUGGCCAGGGAGAGCAAGCGGUCAGUGACAUCGUGGACUGGAUCAACAAGAGAUAGUAGUCUAUAUUUUACAUCUAAACUUAAUUAUUUAAAGAGCAAAGUACUCGAUAUUAUUUCUAUUAUGCAUGUCUUAUUUUUUCUAUUAAUUUUACAUUUUAUUUUUGACUUUCAAAUGUAAAAAAAGGAUAUUUAUUUGUAACGCCGUGCCAUCUAUAUUUCACAUUGCUUUAUUUUACACUUUCUUUUUUUCUAUUAAUACUCAGUGUGGAUUUAAGGAUUUAUUUAUCUUUUGACGUUUUCGAUUUUUACAACGAAGUUAAUUUUUGAUAUCCAUAUUCAUGUCGUAUUUUUAGAAGAAACUGAUAGAAAACGUUUAUUCAUACAAUUUAAGAUGUUAAAAAACGUAUAGAAUUGGAACCUAAUGUUUGUUCUCGAAUAAAAAUAUUAUUACAG